CCACAGUCAGUAAAACAGCUGAAGUGUUCAGAAAAACUCCAUUUCUUUGCUCGGUUCUUCUUUCUUUGUGAUAUAAUUUAAGCAUUUAAUUAUGAGUCACAGGAACAGUACGUCAGGACAAAGCGGUGGUCAAGGACCWGGCUUUGUCGGCAUCAAGUUUUGUCARGAAUGUAACAACAUGUUGUACCCUAAAGAAGACAAGGAAAAUAAGAUUUUAUUAUAUGCAUGCCGUAACUGUGACUACCAACAAGAAUCAGACAACAGCUGUAUUUAUGUGAAUAAGAUUACCCAUGAAGUCAAUGAAAUGACACAAAUAGUUGCAGAUGUAGUGGCAGAUCCAACACUACCAAGAACAGAUGAUCAUGAAUGUCAAAGAUGUGGCAAUAGAGAGUCAGUAUUUUUUCAAUCUCAAUCAAGAAAGGCAGAUCAAAUGACAUUGUACUAUGUAUGUACAUCACCUGACUGUGGCUUCAAGUGGACAGACUAAGCCAAUCAUAGUGUCAAUCAUCUCCAUGACAACAUCAAUCACACAUAAAAAGCUGAGCCAUCAACAAAGUGUUUGAUAUGGUCUUCAUAUGGGAUCCCUGUGUAGUUACUGUAGAAAGGGUGUCCAGCAGUGCCAUUAGUAAAAUUUCUUGUCUCGGAAAAUAUAAUAGUCACACUGCAAUUUAAUAAAUCUUUUUAUUAUAAAAACAUGGAUAGUUUGUUACCAAAAUGCACUGCUUCUAGUAUAUCCUUGAGAGACAAUAGUUUUAUCAAAUUUGAUUUUUUCAUGCUAUAUAAGUUUCUUUGUAUCCAUUUCACUCAAAAAUGAUAACUGUUAUCAUCAAGUCCAUGCAUCUACCUGACUAUUUAUCAUUAUUUACCUUGUAAAAAAAAACA